GGUCUUCAGCUCAAGGUCGUCCACAGUUUCUGGUAUUCUCCACUCACCCAAAUUCACCGCCUGCUGGCCCCGCUUCCUCUCCAACUCUGAUGACUGGUGGUGAAUCCGCUUCUCCCGCAUCGGUUUCUGCUUCGAGUUCUCCAAUUGUUCCAGUUGGAGAAGGUGCUACACAGAUAUUUACUACGCCUCAUGUUCAAGCCGAUCAGGUUUCUGCAUCUGGAUCAGGAUCAAGUGCUGUUAUUAAUCAUCUUGGAACUUCUUCAAACAAUAGAAGGUCUCCUUCACAGUCUUCACCGAAUAAUCAAGAGAGAGCUGGACCGUCAGAUCUUCAAUCUCUUUCAGAAUCAAUUAAAUCUCGAUUUGCUGCAAUGUCGCUGAGGUAUAAAGAGUCUAUAACUAAGAGCACAAGAGGUUGGAAGGAGAGAUUUUUCUCCCGCAACAGUUCAACAUCAGACCAUGGUGCUGAAGCUCGGCAUGAGGUUAGUACUGGGACUGCUGUCAUACCACAUGUGGUGGAACAUUCGGAAACUACAGAGGGUAGCAGAAAUGAUUCUCCCGAAUCAAACAGAUCUGAAGGCAGUUUACCAGCUCAGCAUGCUGACCAGCGGAUAUCAGAGACGGGUCGUGAUUGUUCUUUGACCGAGGGUAAUGGGCAAUCCUUAUGUGCUGCUAGUUCUGGUUCAAACUAAGUUUGGAUGAAGCAUUCUUAAGAAGCCAUGGUAAAGGUAAGUUUUGUCUUAGUUCCUUAUGUCU